CUCGUAAAUUUACUUAAUUAUUUUUAUCUAAACUUUUGAAAUUAGCUUGAGAUUAUUAUUUUGCGUAUCAUUUAGUUUUGAGAUGAUUUAACACGUUGUAGUAACUAAUUAGCUAAGUAUAAUCUGUUAUAUAUUUUACAUUCCAUUAUGUACUUAUAUUUUAAAAUACCUUUUGUACUUAUUUUAAGUACAAUCCCAUAUUAUGUUAGUUCUAAUUGCGGGUGUAGUACAAAUAGAAAUAGUCAGUGCAAAGAUGAUUUAGAUCCAAGUCACAAAUACUUAAAAGAAUCAAACGAAAUUCCAGACAAUAAUGAUAAUGAAUUGCUUAAUACGUCCGAUAUGGUUCUAAUAGAAGGAACAACUUUUGAAAUGGGUACAAACAAACCCGUUUUCGAAUCAGACAACGAAGGCCCUCUUCGAAACGUUACGUUAAAAUCCUUUUACCUAGAUAAAUAUGAAAUUUCUAAUCAAAAAUUUUACGAUUUUGUGAAGAAAACAGGGUAUACCACUGAGGCUGAAAUUUUUGGCGAUAGUUUCCUCUUUGAAAUGUGCCUUCCAAAAGAAGAUAGAAAGAAGUAUCAAGAUAUUAGGGCUGCGCAGGCACCCUGGUGGGUUAAGAUGAAAGGUGUUUCUUGGAAACAUCCAGAGGGACCCGAUUCUACCAUAGAAGAUUUAAUGAAUCAUCCAGUGAUACAUGUUUCUUGGAAUGAUGCUGUAAAGUAUUGUGAACAUGAAGGAAAAAGAUUGCCAACUGAAGCAGAAUGGGAAAUGGCUUGCCGUGCUGGUCUCAAACAAAAAUUAUAUCCCUGGGGCAAUAAACUAACUCCUAAAGGCCAACAUUGGGCUAAUAUUUGGCAAGGUGAAUUUCCUGAUACCAAUACUGGUGAAGACGGGUUUAUAUUUACAAGUCCUAUUGAUUCAUUUCCACCAAAUAAAUUUGGGCUGCACAAUAUGGCUGGAAAUGUUUGGGAAUGGACACAGGAUAACUGGCAAAAUGAUCCUGACACAAAAGUGAAGAAAGGUGGUUCGUUUUUAUGCCACGAAUCGUAUUGUUGGCGAUAUCGUUGCGCGGCUCGAUCAUCUAAUACCAAAGACAGUUCCGCUUCCAAUUUAGGAUUUCGUUGUGCAGCUGAUAAGAUAUAAAUUUGCUUAAGGUUCUUGCCUGUUGAAACCAAAAUUUACGCCUAUUUGAUAAAAGUAUUACAAAUAUAUUGUGUGUGACGUUUUUUCAAAACAUAGCCCAGUCAAAAGUUUUAUUAAAGGGAUCUUUAGAUUUUUAGCCAGUUAAAAUUGCCGACUGAGCCAUGUUUAUAAAAAUAUGAUAGUGAAAAUCAAUAUUCGUCAUUAAAUACUAAAAUUUGCACUAUAAAUCAACAGUAUAUAACAUCAUAAUGUGGCUGUUAUUAUUGACAAAAACUGUAAACAUAAUAAUUAUGAUAAAAUGUAAAGAAAAAACUAGAUAUUUAGACAAUAACCUAAGCUUCAAAUUAUCAAAUUCUGGCAGUAUACCAUUAAGUACUUACAUGCUCCUGCCAAAGAGUCUUCCAAGUGUUUAUAUUUUUAAACCGUAUUGUACAAUAUAGUAUCUUAAUAAAAAAACUAUUUUUUACUUUGUUUCUUUCUAUUAAACCCUAAACCAGUGAUUAAGUUGGAAUGUAACUACAUAUUUCAAUACUUAAUGCUAAACAAAUGUACUUUAAAUAUCUCAACAGUUCAUAAUAAUAUGUAUUAAUUCUCACUUUUAUUUUCAACGCCAUCCAUUGCACAGCCUUUUUCUAUUUUGCAGUAUUUUUUUACGACAAAGAAUACCAAUUAUUUCAUAUUUUAUAAUGCAGGCAGAAAUUUCAAUUUUUUUUUUCAUGUUUUUCGUUGUGUGAUAUUCUUUGUCUAAAUUUAGAACAAAAAUAAAAUUGUUUUAAGCAACAUGGGACAUAUAAAAUACGAAUAAAAAAAAGUUAUAUCUGAAAUGGAAUUGUUAAAUAAUUAAAAAAAAAAAAACAUGUUUAAUGACAUUACUUAUAAAUAAUUGAUUGAGAUAAUUCAGAACCGAUGUUUCUUAUCAUAAUAUACAAUAUUAAACAUUUAAAAAGUAUUAUUUUGUUUCCUAAUAUUUUGGAAAGCGAAAUGUAUAAUUUAUUAGAACUUUAUAUUUUUACAUCAAAAGUGGGACAUUUAUCUAGUAAUAAACUAAUUUAAAUAUACAUUAAAAGGUAUUUGAGAGCAUCUCAUAUUCCUUUGUGCUCUCGUUAAAUGAUGAGACAAUAAAACUACAGAUUUCUAAUUUACAUGUAUUAUUUUCAAAAUGUUUAUAAAACUGGACAGCAAACUGAAUUUUAAUUUCUAUCCAAUGACUAGGCUAAUCGGAAAAGCAUUUCAAAACCAUUUGAAAUAUUAUCCUAAAAAAUCUUAACAGGAAUAUUUAAAGAUAAUGUUAUGCUUAUAUUCAGGCUAGAAAUGUUCUUAAGGGCAACAUUAAAAUGUCUAACAACAAUAAAAAGAUCAAUAAACAAAAUUUAGACACAAAAAGAAUAUUUUGUAAUAGCAGUGAACAUUAAAAAAGCUCUGUAAAAUUAUACAUUUCCUAUAAACACUAACCCAUUUUGCGAAUUCCAUAUUUUAAUUUCGACAAUCUAAACACAAUAACCUCAGUUUAUGCUUAACCUAAACGAAUUCUCUGCCUUAAUGCUAGCUAUUAUUUUUUGAGCAAAAACUUGAGCACUGUCUCUCAAAAAUCUAGGUACUGGAACAUACUUGUAAAUGAGAUAACCCCCAAAGGCUAGUAAGGAGACUUUGUAAGUCUGUUUAAUAACUUUAGAAGUCAUGGAUGGAGGGGGAAUCUCUAUGAUAGCUUUGACGUAUUUUCCUUGUUCUUCAGGCCAAAGUUUUGUGAUACCGGGAACAUGACCUAUACCAACUACUCCGACAAUGCAGAUAGGCUCUGCAUGACCUAAAAUAUGAUUCAUGAAUAGUACUUUGAAAUCUAGGUAUCAAUAUCCAUAAAUUGAAACUAACCUUCAAGAGCUUGCUUGGACUUUGCUUCAGCAGCUGAUUGCAAAGAGCUCGUCAAGAAAAUAUCCCUUUCAUCAAGAAAAACUUCUCUGAAAGCUGGAUAUUCUCCUGAUAAAUCAGCUAAGAGCUGUUCCAGCAUGUCUCUUUCUUUACAUUUUUCAAUUUCUUCAAC